UCCCCACCUAAGCCGCAUGUUAUCUUAUCAGCCCCAGAAAAACUUCUGGAAUUUCCUAGCCAUCGCAUCUCUUGCAUUUCCUACAGGCACCUCAAUCACACCCCGUCUCCAACAAAAGUGAACUUCCCGGGACCAGACAACACCGUUCAAUUCAAUUCCGGAGCCACUUCGUACACGACCGACCAUUGCGCUGUAAGCAGUCCAGUCGCAGUCAUGUCAACAGACGACGUAAGUUCCCCGGUCGAACCGGGUGACAUCCACGAUUCGAAAAAGCGCAAGGCCGACCUGGAGGAGAUUGAAGUCGAUCUCACACUCCCCGAGCCGCCGUCUAAGAAGGCGAAGCGUCUGCUCAAGAAGGGCAAGCCUUUACCCGUCAAGAAAGACAGCGAUGCCGAGGAGGAGGAUGAGGACGUCAAACAAGGCUUGCCGCCCAAAUCCGCUGGCAAGAACGGCAAAGAGAGCAAGCGGUCAGAGCACGGCAUCUGGAUCGGCAAUUUGCCCUUCACAGUCACCAGAGUAGAGCUGUUCAAAUGGCUCGUUGAGAGCUCUGGUGGCGCCAUCACAGAAGAGAGCAUCACCAGAGUCAACCUGCCCACCAGCAAAAUCAAGGCCCCCGGAGCCGACAAGGACGCCAAGCCGCAGAACCGGGGAUUCGCGUAUGUCGACUUCGACAAGGAGGCAUCUGCCAUCGCAGCCAUGGCUCUGACCGAGACGGAGAUCAGCGGGCGCAAGGUACUCAUCAAGAACUCAAAGUCCUACGAGGGCCGGCCGCAAAAAGAGACCCCAGCUGCGGGUGCCCAGAACGGGACCGAUGGCACGGCAGCCGCUGCUAAAAACACGAUACGGAAGAUCUAUGUCGGGAACCUGUCUUUCCAGGUCACGGAGGACGACUUGCGGCAACAGUUUGAGAAGUGUGGCGAAAUCGAGUUUGUCAAGGUUGCGACAUUCGAGGACAGUGGCAAGUGCAAGGGAUUCGGAUGGGUCAGGUUCAAGGAGCCAGAGGCCGCCGAGUCAGCGGUCAAAGGCUUCUGCAAAAUCAAGGAGGAAAUUGAGACGGAGGAGGAUUUCAAAGACGCCGAAGACAAGAGCGACAACGAGGAUGGCGAAGAGGAUGGCAACAAGGAAGCGUCCAAGCCGGAGCGGAAAUACAAGACGAGGAAAUGGUGGGUAAACAGGCUCAAGGGCCGCGAGCUCAAGAUCCAGUUCGCCGAGGAUGACCAGGUGCGGUACAAGAAGAGGUUCGGCAAGGACAAGCCGCAACCACAGAGAAGAGAGUUUGGCGGACAAAAAGGUGGUGAUCGGGACGAGUCGGCACCGGGGUCGCGAGUCCCAGCUAAGCCGGCUUAUGGUGAGGUCGGUGUUGCGUCGUACCUCACGGGCUCUGUGGUCAAGUCCCAGGGCAAGAAGACGACAUUUGACUAGGCUGGCAUUGCUAGCAUUGUUGGUAUUCCAAAAGCAAGAGCGAUGCCCCAUGACCGCCUGACCAUUUGCAGCGGCGGCCAUCUUCAAA